AGUUUUAUAAUUGGACACCAUGAGUGAUUCCGGCAAGGAUACCGUGUCUCCAAAGGAGAAGGAUGGAGCCGAGAAGAGGGGACGUGGGAGACCAAGGAAACAUCCACAGCAGGAGCCCAGUGGUUCCCCCUCUCCGAAGAGGCCUAGGGGGCGGCCCAAGGGCAGCAAGAACAAGACUCCUGCCAAGACUAAAGCAAAGAAGGCUGCAGCACCAGCGUCAGGUGGAGCGAAGAAAGGUAGAGGGAGGCCCAGAAAAGUGAAGGAGGAAGAGCCGGCAAAGGAGUCCUCUGAGGAGGAGGAAGAGGAAGAGCAGUAAUGGUGUAACUUGCGCUACCUCAUCAUAACUCAAUAUGACUACUUCCCGUCACCCAGAUGCAGACUGAAAACUCUUACCCCCUGACCCCUCCACAGCCACUCUAACCUCUACUGUCAUUAACCCUCUCACUCCCGACCCGCUCCCCUCUAUGCUGGGAGCCCAACUGCGCCAUAAACACCACUCACACCACGCAUACGACUUAACCCCAGCAACAACACCACUGGAUGGCACAAACGACAGUGUAUAGCCAUGCAUACAACAUGUCACAGCUUGUAUGUGUUUGUAUUAUACUGUGUUUAUGUACGAGAGUCCUGUUUUCUCAGAGAAGCAUACGUCGGCUUGCAUAUAAAUCUGUGUGUACUCACUGCAGAUUGAGUUCUAAUGAGUGUUUUGUAGGUUUGAGAUCACUGUUAUGGGAUGCUUUUCGCAUUUGACAGUUUUUAGAAGCGUCACGGAUCGCAGGACAUGCGCUUUUCCGCUCCUUUUAAUGUGUUCUGUAAUCCCUUUUAUACACAUAUCUGAAUCUGAGCUGUUUCAUUUUCGGUUGGUUGGUUGGGUGUGUGUGAAUCCAUUAAUGUCAUUUUAUACUGGACAAAGGUUACUUGGCCUACUGUUUUUAAUUUAAUGUGUGUUCAUGUUUGUGGUGUAGUUAUUCCAAAUAAUAUUCACCUACCGUUUUAUCCUUCUCAGUGGA